GACACCUUGGCCAUGGCGUCACUCUCAGAGCCAGUGACCUUCAGAGAGUUCUGCCCUCUGUACUACCUUCUCAACGCCAUUCCGACGAAAAUCCAGAAGGGUUUCCGCUCCAUUGUGGUCUACCUUACGGCCCUGGACACCAAUGGGGACUACAUCGCCGUGGGCAGCAGCAUCGGCAUGCUCUACCUGUACUGCCGCCAUGCCAACCAGAUGAGGAAGUACAACUUCGAGGGGAAAACCGAGGCCAUCACAGUGGUGAAGCUGCUGAGCUGCUUUGAUGACCUGGUGGCUGCAGGCACAGCCUCGGGCAGGGUGGCAGUGUUUCAGCUUGUGUCCUCAUUGCCAGGAAGAAACAAGCAGCUUCGGAGAUUUGAUGUCACCGGAAUUCACAAAAAUAGCAUCACAGCUCUGGCUUGGAGCCCCAAUGGGAUGAAGUUGUUCUCCGGGGAUGACAGAGGGAAAAUCGUCUAUUCCUCUCUCGAUCUAGACCAGGGUCUCUGCCACUCCCAGCUGGUGUUGGAAGAGCCGGCUUCGAUUGUGCAGCUGGAUUAUAGCCAGAAAGUGCUGCUCAUCUCCACCGUGCAGAGAAGCUUGCUCUUCUACACAGAGGAGAAGGCUGUCCAGCAAAUUGGCACACAGCCGAGGAAGACGGCUGGGAAAUUUGGUGCUUGUUUUAUACCGGGACUCUGUAAACAAAGUGACCUGACCUUGUACGCAUCAAGGCCUGGGCUCCGGCUGUGGAAGGCCGACGUCCAGGGCACUGUCCAGGCCACAUUCAUCCUAAAAGAUGUCUUCGCUGGCGGAGUCAAACCCUUCGAGCUGUACCCACGCCUGGAGCCGGCCGAUGGGGGGAGCUGCGGCGCUCCCGAGAAGCACCUGGGGCUGGUCUCCUGCUUCUUUCAAGAAGGCUGGGUGCUGAGCUGGAAUGAGUACAGUGUCUAUCUUCUGGACACCGUCAACCAGGUCACAGUUGCGGGUUUGGAAGGAUCAGGUGAUAUUGUGUCUGUUUCAUGCACAGAAAAUGAGAUCUUCCUCUUAAAGGGAGAUAGAAACAUCAUCAGAAUUUCAAGCAGACCCGAAGGAUCAGCCUCAGUAGGCAGAGACCGUCUGGAAAGCACGGGGUGUACGGAGCGAGUCCACAUGCAGCGUGUGGAGAGGGCCCCGGGCUCGGAGACACGACUGCGGGGCUCCUCUGUGGCCAGCUCGGCGGCCAGCGAGCCCCGGAGCCGGAGCAGCUCCCUCAACUCCACGGACAGCAGCUCGGCACUGCUGCCGCCUGGCCCCCUCAGCGUCCCCGACCCCAGGCUGGGCAGCCCGUCCUCCGCACAGAGGUUCAGCCUGAUCAGCUCGGAGGACUUCGACCAAGAGCUUGUUGUGAAACCGAUCAAAGUGAAGAAAAAGAAGAAGAGGCGUAAACCAGAAAGCAGGAGCGGAAGUACCCUCCACAGCUCCCUGGAGUCGACCCCCUGCUGCGAGCUCCCGGGAGGCAGCCCCCAGUCCCUGACCGCAGACUUGCUGUCCAUGACCUCCAGUGUCCUGAGUGGCAGCGUGGACCAGCUGAGCACUGCAUCCCCCGACCUGGAGAGCAGCCUCUGCGGGGCGCUCAGUGGGGUUGUGCUGGAGACCAAUGGCUUGGAGACCUUCAGCGUGCUUCAGGCCCCCGUGCCUGCCCCUGACUUCCUGGUUGAAGACCAGGAGGACAGGACAGACCCGCUGCAGUGUGGUCCUGUGGGUGACGCGCCCGUGCUCCUGGAGAACAACAUGGACACAGAAUUCGGAGAGGAGUGGGCUCCUGCAGGUGAUGAGUCCAGCCGUGAGCAAUCACCCUUCCAAGAACGGGACAGCUUGGCUGAGUCGCACGAGGCAGAGGACACGGAGCUCCACAGCCCCCCAACGACAUACUCUGCAGCUCCCCUGCUGGACCCGCUCGCUGCUCCUUCCAGCCUCACGGUCUCCUCGGGUACAGAGCACGUGCCCAGGGCUGACAGGACAGGUGCCUCUGAGCCUAGAGAAGAGCAGAUCUUCAUGAUGGUGACCGGGGACCCUGACCUCGCUGGCCCGAGUCCCUGCUGCAAUCUUUCCAGAGGUGGUGGAGGUCAGACAGAAGUGGCCAGUUCCACAUGUGACUGGAGGGGCACACGAGGAGAGGUGAACCCUCUGGUCUCGGCCUCAGUGGUCAGCCCCUACGGACCUCUGCUCGCACAGCCCUCACGGGACCAGACAUCCAUGUCCAGUGAUGAGGAGGACAUUUACGCCCACGGGCUUCCCUCGCCAUCCUCAGAGGCCAGCGCGACGGAGCUCAGGGGCAGCCACUCGCUUCCAGACCUGGGCCAGCCAGGUGCAGAGCCCACGGUCCUGCUGAAGGCAGACCAGUUUGCCGAGAGCUGGAUGGGCUACUCGGGCCCCGGCUACGGCAUCCUCAGCCUGGCGGUCUCAGAGAAGUACCUCUGGUGCCUGGACUACCGCGGGGGCCUCUUCUGUAGCGCGCUGCCUGGAGCCGGACUGCGGUGGCAGAAGUUUGAAGAUGCCGUCCAGCAGGUGGCAGUGUCGCCCUCAGGCGCGCUCCUCUGGAAGAUUGAACAGAAAUCCAACCGCGCCUUUGCUUGUGGAAAAGUAACCAUCAAGGGCAAGAGACACUGGUACGAGGCUCUACCCCAGACGGUGUUUGUGGCCCUGAGCGAUGACACAGCCUGGAUUGUCAGGACAAAUGGAGAUCUGUACCUGCAGACAGGCCUCAGCGUGGAUCGUCCAUGUGCUCGGGCCGUGAAGGUGGACUGCCCAUACCCACUAUCUCAGAUCACAGCCCGCAACAGCGUGGUGUGGGCGCUGACAGAGCAGCGGGCCCUGCUCUACCGGGAGGGCGUGAGCAGCUUCUGCCCCGAGGGCGAGCAGUGGCAGUGUGACAUUAUCAGCGAGCGGCAAGCGCUGGAGCCUGUGUGCAUUGCCCUCGGGGAUGAGCAGACACUGUGGGCCCUGGAUACCCGUGGAAAUCUGUGGUUCCGAACUGGCGUGGUCUCCAAGAAGCCACAAGGAGAUGACGACCAUUGGUGGCAAGUGAGCAUCACGGACUAUGUGGUGUUUGACCAGGGCAGCCUAUUCCAGACGAUCAUCCACGCCACACACUCGGUGGCCACCGUCGCCCAAGCGCCUGUCGAGAAGGUGGCAGACAAGUUGCGCAUGGCCUUCUGGUCUCAGCAGCUCCAGUGCCAGCCCAGCCUCCUGGGCAUCAACACCAGCGGCGUGUGGCUGUCCUCAGGCAGGAAUGAGCUCCAUGUCGCCAAGGGCAGCCUCAUAGGCACUUACUGGAACAGCGUCGUUCCUCGGGGCACAGCUUCCGCAACCAAAUGGGCCUUCGUGCUGGCUUCCAGCGCCCCAUCCAACGAAGGAAGCUCCCUGUGGCUGUGUCAGAGCAGCAAGGACCUGUGCCGGGUCAGUGCCCAGAGCGCCCAGUCCCGCCCCUCCACCGUGCAGCUGCCCCCCGACGUGGAGAUGAGGUCCUACGCCGCCUGCCAGGACGCACUGUGGGCGCUGGACAGCCUCGGCCAGGUGUUCAUCAGGACCUUGUCCCGGAGCUGCCCCACGGGAAUGCACUGGACUCGCCUGGACCUCUCCCAGCUAGGAGCUGUAAAGCUGACGAGCUUGGCAUGUGGAAAUCAGCACGUCUGGGCCUGUGAUUCCAGGGGUGGCGUUUACUUUCGAGUUGGAACCCAGCCUCUCAACCCCAGUCUGAUGCUUCCUGCCUGGAUAGCAAUUGAGCCACCUGUCCAGCCUGCCGGGGUCACCUUGGUCAGCGUCCACUCCAGCCCCAAUGACCAGAUGCUCUGGGCCCUUGACAGCAGGUGGAACGUGCAUGUCCGCACUGGGAUCACUGAGGAGAUGCCGGUGGGCACCGCCUGGGAGCACGUGCCAGGACUGCAGGCCUGUCAGCUGGCGCUGAGCGCGAGGACCGUGUGGGCCCGCUGUCCCAACGGAGACCUCGCACGGCGGUAUGGGAUCACCGACAAGAACCCCGCAGGAGAUUACUGGAAGAAGGUCCCCGGGAGUGUGCUGUGUGUCACAGUGACCGCCGCGGACGAGCUUUGGGCAGUGGGGCCACCAGGCUACCUCCUCCAGCGACUGACAAAGACCUUCAGCCAUUCGCACAGCACCCGGAAGGGCGUCCUGGCCUCGGCCACACCCCACCCCGAAGACUUCGAGGAUGAGUGGGAAGUCAUCUGA